AUUCUGUUAAUCUUCAACGACAUUCGGUGUGUCGUCUUUUUUUCACAAAACUCCGAAUAUUUGACGAUGGCGUUAUCGAGAAUCGGCACGUUGGACAUGUGCAACUCCUUAAUUCGCAUUUCACGUGCAGCAUCUCUGGAAAUACAGUAUGCGACUCCAGCAGCAAUUCAUCGGAAGCAACAGGCGCUGCACCUAACGAGCGUACGUCGUUAUCCAGAUCCACCAAUGCUCGAUUUGCCAAACAAUGUUUGCGACAUCUUCGCCAACGAAACCGGUCGCUUCACCCCGGAACGUGUGCGCGAUAUUGCCCUGUAUGCUGAGAAGAACGGCGACGGGAUCAUCUCCAUGGCAAAUAGCUCUGGUUUCCCCAAGAUCCGUGAUAAUGGUCACGUGGACUCGUAUGACUGCUUCGGCGCCAUCAGUCUAAACGGCACAAUGCAGAGCAACGUUCCUAAGCCCUUCUCAUCGGAUGGCAGGUCCAUGCAUCUCAACAUGCCUGGUGGACAGUGGUCCCGUGACAACAAGUAUAUUGCUGAAGACAUGCAACGCUCCCACUACCGCAGGCUGUCGUGUUCCGCAACUAAUACCUUCAUAACGAGUCCGCUUUUACGAGCGACAUGCUGGCCGAGUUAUAUCGUCAGAAUGAGCUACUCGACUUAUGACUCGAAGACGCCGAAGGGCGCUCAAAAGGAUCAAGCGACACCGAUGGCGAUCGCGCUCAUGCCAAAACGGGAAAGAUUUCGCCUGAUGUUGAGGGAUUAUGGUGGCACUCUCAUUGCCUUUCACGUUACUAUUUCCCUGAUAAGUCUUGGUUGUUGUUACAUGGUGGUCAUUAGUGGAAUCGAUGUGAUGCCUUUUGUACAGAAGUGGACAAGUGGGAACGAACAGAUCAGUAACAUACUGAAAACCUCGACAGACUUCGUAAUAGCUUAUACCAUUCAUAAACUAUUUGCACCCGUUCGAAUAUCGAUAUCCUUGACUGUGACUCCAAUAAUUGUAAAACGUCUGAGGAAAAUUGGUUUACUCAAAAUGCCGAAAGUAAAACAGUCCUCAUCCAAAGAUCCAUAAUAAUUAUUUCUUUUAUAAAAUAUCUUUUACAUAUAUUAGAGUAUCAUAUUUUAUGUCGAUGAGAGAUUAUCUGUGUAAUGAUAAAAUUUAAACAAAAUAUUUUUUUAUCAAAAUUGUUACGCGCGCGCGCGAAAAGAAGUUUAUAAUGAUAUUGAAUUAUACUUAUUAAUAUUGACUGAGGUAAACAUAAUUUUUCUAUAAU